UUGACGCAUUCGCUGUUGAGCAUUGGAGUAGUCAAGUAGAGUGCUACUCACUACAGUGUGGUAGUGUGUUGGGAGACGAGUGACGAUCAAUAAUAUUACGAAAAUGAGUUGGUGAAUGCCGUAUAUUCGUUUACGAACAUUCUUAGUCACGAAGCCAUGCUAUCUAUUGAUUACGAAAGGCUUCAAUUUGAACCGGAUAAUUAUGCUAAAUGUUUUUACGAAUUAUUCAAGACUACCGCCGAAAAUGAAAGAGUUAAAAGUGAUUGGAAAAAAUGUAAAAAAUCAAGAAUCAAUAAAAGGAAGGAAAAGAAAAAGUUUGAGAUAAAUGGAGAUUCAAGCUACACAGGUCCACCAGAAAUCGAAUUAUCAAGCAAUGCAUCAGCUUUUGCCGUAUUUGCUAGUGUUAGAGAUGCCAUCCUGGAAAAGAAUUCUAGAGUUUCUAAUGAAACAUUUAGAGCUUCCACUUGUAGCUCGCCACAGCCACCAGAGCUUAGUGAUACGAUUGAUACUGAUAGCGAUGAUGAAGACAGGAUAUCAUCGACUCAAACAUUACCAAAGAUCGUUGGCAUUGGGUUGAGAAGUAUUUUUACGUUGAUGAGAGAGAGCCGAACAAUAGAACCGCUUUUAUGUACUAAAUCCCUGAGUGCCUUGUUGGAUGUUCUCCAGGGCCAAAUGCCCGAGAGUUUAAAAUCCGAACCUGAAGAUGUCAUCGAUCCUUUAUUUGAUCUUCUUCUGGAUCUUGCCACUUCUCAUGGACCGGAAUCAACAGUAGCAAACGAUGGAAAACAUUUGACUGCUGUAGCUUGUGCAUGUUUAUUGAGUUUAGUUGUAGUUCGUGGAAAUACUGGAAGACUUUUAACAGCAAUAGCAGCUCUUCUAAUGUGCCCUAGAGCUUUAGCAACUCAAAAUAUUCAAAUGCCAGCUGUACUAGCAUCUCUUCAACGUAGUGUCGAAGCUGUGUUGUUAGGGAAAGUUUCACGACCUGAUUGGAUGACAUAUGGUAUCCCGAAAAGUUCAAAAAUCUAUAAAUUUACCCUUGGAUUACCCAGUGAAAUUCAUAAUGUUAUAUUAAAUGGUAAAAGUUUCGUCAGUGAUGGGAAAUUUUUGUACCUUCACACUAAUAGGGGGUUGUUAAAAAUCGGUAGUGGUUAUGGGGGAACGAUUGGGGGACAAUUAUAUGGACACAAACCGGAUUUCUUCCCUACUGAAGUUGGAUGGCUAGGCUAUGCAAGUGGAUCUUUGUAUUUUAAAUGUGCUCCUAAGAAGCAUUGCGAACUUUUAGAGUUGGAUGCAGAAACUUUAACAGUAAGAGGAAUUGCAGUUCUUGAGGGUAGAGAUUGGCCUUCAUCUGUGAUGUUUUCCGAUGGUAUUAAUUUGGGCAUGAUCACAGCCGGGAAAGAUGAUGGUUUUGUUGUACGAACGAUAAAUACAUUAAGUAGUCCAGUCUCUGUAACAUCAGAAUUACCUCUAAAACUUGCAAGAAAGUGUGUAGAUACAUUUGGCUGGGCAUUAUUUGAUGAAGAGCAAGGAGCACAUACUUUAAGUCCUGGCAGUGAUGAUGAAAUAUUAACAGUGACUGCUGGUAAAGAGUUUUGUGUGUUGAAAACUUCAUCUGGAAAAUUACUAUAUACUGGAAAAGGCAGUUGUUUAGGAAUGAAGAAUAACACUCGACCAAAUCGUUGGCUAGAAUUUACGAUAAGCAAAGGGUCGAAAAUUUCCCAAGUAGUUGCGGGUCAUGAUGGUCAGCAUCUUAUUCUAGUCUUGGAAGAUGGGUCUGCUUUAUUCGCGGGAACUGCACGUAGAGGAGAAGACGGUGAUAACAAUAAAGUCCGUCGAGCUUCAAAGCCAGUAAAACCAAAGAAAAUGCUUAGGAUUGAUGGCCAGUUUAUUGUUGAUGCAGCAUGUAAUAAUGGAUCUACAGCACUCGUAUCUAAAGAAGGUUUAUUGUUAAUGUUCGGUAAAGAUACGCUUCAUAGUGAUCCUGCAUCGGGGGUUGUUAAUGAUCUCAAAGACGUAAUAGUUCAAAAAGUAGCAUUAGGAAAAGCUCAUGCAGCUGUGGUGACUAAUAAAGGGCAUCUAUAUACUUUUGGAAUUAAUAACAAAGGACAAUGUGGUAGAGACUUUUCUGUUGUUCGUCAACCCAAUAAAGAAGUGACAGUAGUAGCUAUGGAAACUGGAGCUGGAGAGGAUGAACUACUUGUUGCUGAAGAAGAAAGUGGAGAACAAGGAGAAGAAUGGGAAGAGGCUCGAGGUAUGUGUCCACCAGGUCAGCAUCAAUGGAGACAUCGAACUUGCAUGGUCUGCACAGUAUGUCGUGAAUGCACGGGUUUUGGUAUAUCUUGUUUAACCAGUAUUGUGCCUAAUCGGAAUCCAAAACGACCUGGCCAGGAAUGUGGCUGUGGCGUUGGCGACAGUGGUUGUGCUGAAUGUGGUUGCUGUAAAAUUUGCGCUCGUGAAAGUUGUGAUAAUGGUGGUGAUAUGGCAGUUUUUGGACCAUCAGGCGGUGGAGAUUUAGGCAUGAUGAGAUUGCACAUGUUGUUUGAAGGACGUUCUGGAUCAAACUUUAAAGAGUACCUGAAGAGACGUUUAGAAGAGCGAAAACAACGCCAGAGAAUUAAAGCUGGGCCUAGUGUUGUUCAAUGGUCAGGAAUAAAAAUAAAGGCUUCUAAUAAUCCAAGAUCUGUUGGACCGAGUGUAUUACCUCGAAAAAGUGCGCCAGGAAAAGCUCCAAUAGGUGGAGGUCUUGUAGAAGAAGUUGUUGGAAGUAGUGAUCCUGAAAAAGGAGAAACAGCACGAAUUACGAGUAUCCCUCCAGCUAGAGUACCAAUUCCUAGUAAUAGUCCUGUGAUCCAAGUGUCCUGUGGACUUCACCAUACCGUAGUACUUCUUCAAAACGGUGAAGUUUACAGUUUUGGUAGUAAUAUUUAUGGACAAUUAGGUGUGGGUGACUUAAUCGCUCAUGCGGGUCCUGUUCAAGUAAAAAUACCAGCGAUAGCUACACAAGUAGCAGCUGGAAGCAAUCAUACCGUUAUAUUAACGAAUAAAGGAGAAGUUUAUACGUUUGGAGCUUAUCAGAAAGGUCAAUUGGGCAUGAACUGGUGGAAUGAGUCAAACAUGACACAGAGCAGAAAGUUCGAAAGAUCUCAACCAUGGCAUAGUUUUCCUAACAUUGUACCGAAUAUUGGAAUUCGUUGGGGAAGACGAGCAACAUGGGUUGGUGCAGCUGGAGAUCAAACGUACAUCAAGGUAGAUGAAAUAAAUUCGAUCAACCUAUCAAAAAGUACAGUGAUGGCAAACAAAAACUGCAUCAUCUUAAUUCCUCAUUAUCUUGAGCACGCGAAUACAUUCAAGUGUUUAGUGAUAAACAAACGUGAUGGAAGUUGUACAAGUUUUAAUGGCAAUGACCAAGUGGAUUUUUCUCAGAGUGCAGCGUGUUUAGAUUCUCUUUACAAUGUGAUUUGGACGUUUAACCCAUCAACAAGUGAAAUAAGUCCUCAUAAUAUUAUUACUACGGAAGCUCGAAGUAUACCUAAUUUAAGUGCAUCAAUUUUAAGUCCUGCACUAGCUCUUCCAGUUGUUUCUUCCUGUUUCGUAACAAGAACUCAAGCUGCUAUGCAUCUUUUAAGUUGUUUAGAUACUCUCACUCAAGCACAAAAUGAAAAAUUAUCAGUUAUUGAAGAAAAUGAAUUAAAUCAGUCAAAUCACGAUAAAAUUUAUAGUCGUGAAGAUUUUAUGACUGUAAACAGGUUUGAAAAUCAUGGAGGAGGCUGGGGGUACUCAGGUCAUUCAAUUGAAGCUAUCAGAUUUAGUGCAGAUACAGACAUUUUAUUAGGUGGUUAUGGACUUUUUGGAGGUCGCGGUGAAUAUAUGGCAAAAAUAAAACUUUUUGAUAUCGGAAUGGAUGGUGGAGAUCAAGAGAGUGACGGAGAGUUAUUGGUGGAAACUGAAGAAAUACCGUAUGAAUGUGAGCCUCGUCAAAAAUAUUCAAUUUUAUUUGAAGAGCCGAUAGCUUUACAAGCAAAUCGAUGGUAUGUUGCUUGGGUAAGGGUCAGUGGACCUUCUAGUGAUUGUGGAUCUGGUGGUCAAGCGAUGGUUACAUCUGACGAUAAUGUUGUCUUCUACUUUAAGUCUUCAAAGAAGUCUAAUAAUGGUACUGAUGUAAAUGCAGGCCAAAUACCUCAACUUUUGUAUCAGAUCAUUACCCCAGAGAAUCAAUCUCCUAACCGGCCAAGAGACCAAGCAGAACCUGUGUAUAUUUUGCACAGAGAAUUCAGCCGCACGGUAACAAAAGACUGUUUUCAAUCUUUGAUUUCUCUACUUCAAUGGAGUUGGAAUACUUUAAAAGCUGGAUUAUCAGAAUCGGUCCAUCGAUUACCGUCCACCUCUCAUCACUCCGUUUUGGAGAUGGAUCACUUGGUUUAUAUCAGUGAAGCCAGUCUUAGACUUUUAAGAACUUAUACUAAUGAAAUUUAUCCGAACCAACCUGGAAAGAAGACUCCUCAAGAAUCUGUAAGACUUGCUGAAUGUAUUGGAGAAGUUCGUGCUCUACUUCGGCAAAUUCUUUCGGAUUCUGUACAAACAAGUGCUUCUAAAAGCAAAGGAAAGAUUAAAGGUAGUAAAAUUGAUAGAAUAGGAAGUAAUAAAAUGAUCGAACUUAUUCUAGAAGAAUGUCAUAAGACUUUUGUUGCUUGUUAUCAUGCAUUUUAUCCUACUGCCUACUUGAAAUGGACAUCUCUAUGUGAACUAUUAUCAGAGAUUGAUAAAGAACAAGGAACAUCACCAAAGGAUCGAUUAUUAUCAGCAGUUUUAGACUCAUUGUGCAGUUCAUCAAUAAGGUUGCGGUGUACUUUUCCAAUUCUUAGUAAUGUAAUGGACAAUAGUGAUGGUAUCAAGACUCAAUUAAGUCCUUCCGAUAACUCGGGAUUGCCAAUGAUGAAGUCUUCAGAACCUCAUCAAUAUCCUAUUUUAGUGGAACAGAUGAGCUAUAAGUCUCAAGUUGAAAGUACUGGACGUGAAGUUUUAAACUGGUCCUUCCGCGAAGUUCUUGAUAGACUUCUGGAUCUUAUUUUAGUUCCUGUAAAGAAGACUUUAUGCCGUGAAAAGAAUUACUCACUGCCCAAUUUAAUUCUUCACUGCUGUUAUUUACUUGCGCGGGUAAUUGCCGAAUUGGCUGCACAGUCUAGUGGAAAUGAGGAUGAAUUGCAAGCCGUCUGCGGUAGAUUCAUGUACACAACCCCGUCGAGAUUCACACGUACCAAUCAGACAAGAACGUGGAAUACUGGAAAUGGUUCUCCUGAUGCUAUUUGUUUCUCGGUCGAUAGACCUGGUAUAGUUAUUGCAGGAGUGGGGAUCUACGGAGGUGUUGGGAUGUAUAAUUAUGAGCUUGAGCUUUUAGACGACCAAAAUAAUACGGGAAACGAUCCGUCUCAUACACAGAGAUGGAGUAGUCUUGAUUUCAAACGAGGAACGUUUGGUCCUGACGACUGUGUGAACGACAUCGUUGAGCUUAAGUUUUCCAAACCUGUAAGCAUUAAAGAAAACGUUAAGUAUGCUAUAAGACUACGCAAUCAUGGUGGUAGAACGAGCAAUGGUGAUGGUGGUUUGAGCGUCGUUCGUGGACCAGAUGGUACAAACUUUACUUUUACGGCUUGCUCUCUUAGUUUCAAUGGCACGACUCAAACACGUGGACAAAUACCACACAUCCUAUAUUAUUCUAAUCCGCAAGACUCUGAAAGCCCUCAUACGAUCAAAGCCUUAGCUGAAAUGCAAGCUAGAAAAUGUACACUUACUAUGACAACUACUAUCGUUCAUCGGGCUAAUGAAAUUCUUGCUCUUGCUAGAGAACGAGCAGAAGAUAUCGUAGCUACUGAAGUUCUGGGUAAUGCGACUUUUGUUACGACACUUUUACCUCUUGUGAUGGCUCAUCUUGGUCCACUUGCUACUUCAGAUCCCAAGAGUGCAGUCCAAGUGUUGACGUUGAUUCAAGAGAUGUUACCUCACGUUGCUGGAUUAAAUCUUCUUUCUGCAAUGGGAAUGUCUCAAGUGUCUCAAGACAGUGAGAGUCAGAGUCACUUUGUCCCUCCUGUUACUACGAGUCAUCAUUAUACUUGGCUGGAGAGUGAUCACCCUUACAAACCCGCUACUGUUUCUAAUUAUAAAGUAACAUUUCCUGAAUCUGUCAAGUGGAUGACUAUUGAAUUUACUCCUGAAUGCGGUACUGCACAACCUGAAGAUUACCUUCAACUUUACAUUCCAAACUUCAGUGGAGCUGGAAAAACUGAAGACAAUGCUAUUUAUUUACCAGUAUUACAUAAGAUGAGUAAUGUUUCAACACAAUGGCCUCAAUAUGCUAUUGUUUUACCAGGCAACGAAGUGAUAUUUUCUUUAGAGACUGCGUCAGAUUAUAUGAAAGAUGAUAUGUCUGUUACGUAUGGAUUUAAAUGUUUAAUCAUCGGCUACGAUUGGAUUUCGUCCGGCAAUGGAUUAAAAAAUUUAGAGAUUGAAUUGUCGUUUCUUGGUGGUGCUUGUGCAGCUAGUCUGAUGAAGAAAAGUCUUAUUUUACCUGCUGUUUCAAUGGAAGAAGUGGAAGAUAAUGUGAAGCUUGCACAGGAAACAUCUCGGAAAAUAUUCUCCAUUCAUUCUUCAUUGUUAAGCAGAGGAUUCGCCCUUGCAGCACCUCCAACAGUGACCCAGGCCCUGGAUGGUGUGAUCCCGUUUAGGUGAGUGAGAUAAUUUUCUUAAUGCAUGAAAACUUCCACAAGUUGAUUAUCGUGAUUAGAUUAAUUAACUAAUUAAUCUUGGAAAGUUGAAAAUUUAUCAGAAUUUUCGGCGAU